AUGACUGCCACAGAGUAUAAYGACUACGCGGAGAAGGAGAGGACGACGACCAUGGCCAAAGCCUUGGAGGACCCGAAGGCCAACUUCUACUGUGAUCUGUGUGACAAGCAGUACUACAAGCACCAGGAGUUCGACAACCACGUUAACUCUUAUGACCAUGCUCACAAACAGAGGCUGAAGGAGCUGAAGCAGAGAGAGUUUGCCCGGAACGUGGCCUCUAAGACCAGGAAGGAUGAGCGGAAACAGGAGAGAGCACUCCGGAGGAUACAUGAGCUUGCCGAACAACGCAGAGAGAUCCAUUGCGCUCCAGGCAGUGGCCCCAAGUUCAAGUCCACUACGGUGGCAGUGGAGGGCAGUUUCAGAGACAGCUGUACCGAUGGACCUUCAGAGGAGUCCAACAACUCCACAGUUCUGGAGACAGGAACCCACAACCACACCAGCACCAGCACUGGCCUGGCCACCAACAGCAAGACCCAGAAAACACUAUACUGGCCUUACACGGGAAAGGCCAAGAAACAGAAUUACAACAGGCACAAAAUAGCAUUCUCAUUCUCCUUCCCAAAGAAAGCAUCCGUGAAGCUGAAAUCUUCGGCCGCCGUGUUCUGUGACAACACAGAGGAGGGUUCCAAAGAAUGUAUCAGAAGACAGAAGCUCAGAACGCCCUUUGUUGAGUUGAACCUUCUGGACUCUCCUACUGCACAGGAAAAGGGACUAGGUCACAGGACUGUGGAGGCUAUUGGCACUCAGCCUGGUGAUCUCAGCCCAAACUGUGUUAGUUUUAGUGAGUGGAUCCAGAGGUCAUCAGAUGCACUAGCCAGGUCUGACAUCCCGAUGCCACCACAGGCCUCACAUUUGUGUUCUGUGCUAGUUAACUCUGAGGAUAUGGCCAGACCUUAUGUGUCCUCCGUCUCCCAAUUACCUGCAUCCCCAGACGACCCAGACACAGUACUAGAUAGACAGAACUCUGAGGGAACUCAGAGAAACGGCCCAACAGAGGCCGAGCCGGAAACAAGCAAACACCAACAAGCUCAUAAAAUAGAGGAGAGUGUCUGUGGGGAAGAGGACUCCUCCAUUAGCAGUUUCUCUUCUGAGGUCGUCUCCGGUUCCGAUGGUCCCCCUGAGAACGGCUCCUCCUCCUCUCAGUCCUCCCAGUGUCCUGGGACUGUGAGAGAGGAACGGAAAGGAGAAGACAUUACGGUGGUGGUGAAGAACCUGUCUUGUCCUUUCACCAAGCCCAGCCAGCCGUUCUUCUCUGUGCUCAGCAGAGAUGGAAACACUGUUCUCCAGUGGCCUACAGAGAUGUUGACCUUCACCAGGACAGAGCCCUGUCUCUCCUACAGCUGCAACCCCCUCCAUUUUGACUUUAGGGCCUCGCAGCAAUGGCAGAGCAGGGCGAAGGUUAGUGUUGAUGACAGUCAGAGUAAGUUAUCUGUGGCUUUGUGUAUCAGCUCAACCUCUGUCUGCGCUGAGCAACCAACAGAUGUUGACAACGAGCGCAACAAGGCCUGUUCUUGGCCAAACCAUCAUGGCCCUAUCAGAGACGGCAGGGAAGCAGUGGAGAGGAAGGAUUGUCUCAUAUGUGAGCACCACACGAGUGACACAGACACAGAAAGCUGCAGCUUGCGACUUAAGAGACACAGCUGUGGGGGAUAUAGUAGGCACUCAAAAGGUAGGACUCAAUCUGAGAAGAGAGCAGCAGGUGGCGAGAAAUGGAAAUCCAGAGACAGGCGCCAUUACAGGAGCCACAAGAAGAAGGGGAGGAGGAGGGGGAUGAGAGGAGGGGAUGAGGAAGAAGAGGAGCACCACAGAGAGAGGGCGACAGAUGGAGGGUUGGAGAGCAAUGCAGAGAAAUGCAACACAUUUCAGAGACGGUCUGAGUGUUGGGAAGGACUUGAUAGCCAAUUUAGAGUCCCCACUUCACAGCGAGUGCAGCCAUUAGAGAAGUCAAAGCAAUCGGCUGAGGACAGUGGCUGCGCUGUCCCCUUUGCUGCCGAGGACAGGGAGAGGGAGAGAGAGAGAGAGAGGGAGAGAGAGAGGGAGGUGGAAAGGGAGAGGGAGCGUGUUGUGGAAAGGGAGAGGGAGGAGGAGAGAAGAAGACAGGAAACAGCAGGCAGAGUAAACGGCUCAGUGGGCAGCCUCAGCCUCUCGGAUGAAAAGGUGUUGGGGAGGAGCGUCAGGAGAGACCCGGUCCAUUCAUCAACAGAACAGAGAAACACUGCAGGGCAUGGCUCAGAGAGCUCACAGAGUCACAACGACACCCCUUGCCCUGAGAAACCUCCUGGGGUUGUUAGACAAAACCCAAGCAGAGGGAUGACAGUCACGGCACCAGAGAGCUUAGUCACCGUUACCCAAAAACUAAGCAUGGCCCAUUCGCCCGAGAGGCUUGGUGAAGACUUGUGUGAGAGCAGGGCCCUGAAAAGGAAACGGACAGCAUCAAUGUCUCUGGCUGAUGAUGAGCAGAGCCUUGACCUCCAGGGUCCAUGCAGUCAGUGUCAGCCAGCUGUAAUGGUAGAGCCCAAUGGGCCAGUCCAAUGUACCCAGUGUCAGUCAACUGUGGUAGAGCCCAAUGGGCCAGUCCUAUGUACCCAGUGUCAGUCAACUGUGGAAGAGUCCAAUGGGCCAGAUGGUUCAAUGGGUGAGGAGGGGUCUGCUUGGUCUGCCUGUGUUUCCUGUGGUGGGGAGGGGAGACAGAGGAAGAGACAGAGAGGGGCCAGUUAUACUCCUCACAUCUCAGAACCUCCUGUAGGUCACAAUGUUCACAUCUCAGACCUUCCUGUAUGUCACAAUGUUCACAUCUCAGAMCCUCCUGUAGGUCACAAUGUUCACAUCUCAGACCUUCCUGUAGGUCACAAUGUUCACAUCUCAGACCUUCCUGUAGGUCACAAUGUUCACAUCUCAGAACHUCCUGUAGGUCACAAUGUUCACAUGGCUGAACCUCGUCUGGAUGUACUGUCUGUUGACAGAUGUAAGCUGAACGUCCAGAGUGAGAAUCUAGUGAAUACAGCUGUGGAAUACCUUGUGGUAAAAGGUAAAUUUGCCAGCUGUAGUGCCCUGAGUCAGCCAGCUGUAGAGCACAACAGUAAGUCAAUGGGAGGCUCUCCUCAGCUCCAGAUUCAGAACAAUGUUCCCAGCAUGAAAGUCGAAUGUUCCUUCUCUCCCUCUCAACCUGGGCCUGGGCCUGUAAGAGAUCCCCCAAAUCCCCCAGAAAUAAUUGGUAUUACUAAUGAAAACAAAAACAGCACUAUUUGCUUCCCAAACUCUUCCACUGUUUCUCUCCCGAUCAUGGUACAUCGUAUAGGAAUGGGUAACAUAGGACAAGAUUGUAUUAGAAGGCAAACGGUGGCAGUGGCUGCCCAGGUCAGUCCACUGGGUGUGAGAGAGAUCAUCCCCCUGUCCAUCCCACAGAUGCUUCACAGACAGAAAACGAGUCUGGACAAGUCAUGUCAGCACAGUCCCCGGAGCCACCCCACCCACCAGGAGUGCCACAGCCCCCAGCCUACCCAGAUUCAGAGGUUUCAUCCUGGGGUUAGGGUUCAGGACGAGAGAGGGUUCAUGGAGAGCCUGAGACCUGGAGGUACUACCGUUACAGCUAGCCCCUACCACAAUCACAGACCACCGYGUUUCCAUCCGCAGCAUCCGUCUGACGGUAUGGAGAAACAUCACUGUCUCGUUCAGAUCCAAACCCACAGGCACGUCCUCCACCACCAUCAGCAACAUCAGGUGUUCCCUGGAAAGAUGAAGCAAGUUCUGUCUGGGUCUCCUGUCGCGGUGUCCCCUUCCUGUCCUCCCGUGCUCCACCCCAUCCACCUGUCUCCAUCCCCCAUGUCCUCCAUGCCAACCAGGUCCAUCACUAUCCGACACACCAUCCUCCACCACCAACAUCACCACCGUGCAGCAUUCCUCCCUCAGCACCCUCAACCAACUCUCUUACCCCAUGUUCUUCCGGUCCCUGUCAGCAGCCUGCCUAUGGGGGCAGAAAUGUGUCCCUCUGGGCCCUACCCUCCUCCCUUUGUGACCUCACCACCGCAGCUCUCGGUAAUGGCCCCGCCCAGUUUACACCACCACCCAAUGGCGGUGACAUUCCACGCCAUGCCCCGUCCAGCCAUGUUCCCCUCCAUGAUGCAGCCACACCCACAUCCCACUGUCAUCCCUCUACAGCCCAUGUUUUUAUGACAUCACAACUCACUGUCAUCCCUCUACAGCCCAUGUUUUUAUGACAUCACAACUC